AUGCCACGGAGUCCUUCACCACGUCGAGACGAGCGAAGAAGCCGGUCCCCUGCGAGACGGCACGACGACGGAGACAGACACAGAGAAACUGGGAGGAAGAAACAAUCAUCCGGUUUUCGAUGGAAAGAAAAGCGACGCGAUGAUGAUAGGGACAGGGACAGAGAUUCAGGGAAACCCAGAGGGUUAGAGCGCGGGUAUCGUGAUAGUGAUAGACGAAGGUCCCCGUUUAGAGACCGUGACCGUGACAGGGAAAGGGACAGAGACAGAGACUGGGGCCGUGGCCGUGAGCACGAACGGAGGCCAGAAAGGGACGCAAGGGGCGAUACAAGCAGCCAGAAGCCGGUUGAGAAGGAGAAGAAAGAUAAGAAGAAGAAGCCGACUGCCGCCCCGUCUAACGAGCCUAUGAUUAUCGUCAAUGUCAACGACAGACUAGGCACCAAAGCUGCCAUCCCAUGCCUUGCCUCAGAUCCUAUUCGUCUUUUUAAAGCUCAGGUAGCUGCUCGAAUUGGACGAGAGCCACAUGAAAUACUCCUUAAACGACAAGGAGAGCGUCCGUUCAAGGACCAACUUACGCUGGAAGACUACGGUGUCAGCAACGGCGUGCAGCUAGAUUUGUGA